AUGGCCUCGCGCCUCUCUCCAAUCUUGCGCCGAAUGCGCCCCGGCGCGAUCGCUCCCAUCCCCCAAGCCCGCCUCUGCAACACUGCCCUCUACGGACCGAGCAAUCGCCCCUUUACCAUCCGUUACGCGCAUUCCAUCCCGCGGCCCCCACCGUCGCCGGCCAAACCUAACGACGCCGCCGAAGCUUCUUCGGCCGACUCCUCCAUCGCACAGCCCUCGAAAGCCGGCCCAGGGUCCUAUCCGGUGCCCAAGCCCAUCCCCAACUAUUACCAGCUGCACAUUACUUGCGUACCCUGCGGGACACCUUCCGCCCACAACAUCUCCAAACAAGGCUACCAUCACGGCUCCGUUUUCGUCUCGUGUCCCCAAUGCCGCAACCGCCAUGUGAUUAGCGAUCACCUCAACAUCUUUGGUGACCGGAAAGUCACUGUGGAGGAUCUCGUCCGUGAAAAAGGGGGCAUUGUCCGGAAGGGCACCCUCGGGGCGGACGGCGACAUCGAGUUUUGGCCAGAGGAGGAUGCUGCGUCUGAAACCGACAGUAAAAGCUCCUGA